CCAAUGGGCGUGUGAGACGGUGGAUGAUAGACAGGUGGCCCCCUCCGCCGGGAGGCUCCAGUGGGCGGGGCUUGGCGCCCGUCGGCCAAUGGGGAGGGUGGCGCGGGGCGCGUCGCGCCUUCCCGUGGUGCAGCGCGGCGAGCGGCGGCAGGAGCGGCCGCGACUCCAUCCGGGUCCCGGCGCGGCUCCGGGUCACCCUGCGGCAGACUAACUUGAAGGCCCGGAAGUGCCGCCCCCGGGCGCUCCUGAAUGGCGGGUUGGCCCCGCCGCCCGCCGGGGAUUGGCUGCGGAUGCCGUCAGCGCCUGGUCGCCACCAAUCAAGCAUAAAAAACCCCAUGGACCGAACAGACGUGAGCCUGGGGACACAGAAUGUGUGGCUACUCCGGCAUUCACUCACCGAAAGAUUCUGUGGGGCUUAAAAGUCCCAGUGCAGGGGUGCAGCUCAAACCCUGGGCUCUGUUCCCGAGGGUCCUUGCCAAGAGGGGACUGUCAGUCACACAUCUGUCUGACGAGAGGUUACAUCUGUGGAACACGAAUAGUACUUUACCAGAGAAGUUUAAUGACUGUAGUUGCUAUGACUACUCCAGCUCGCUACAUGUCUAAAGAUGAAAUGCAUUAAGACCCAAGGAGUUGGUAACAUUUUGAAACUGAGGAAUCUUUAACUUUAUUGCAUGACUGGGGGGAGUAAGGGGAAUGUUUAUUCUGUCAUUAAUAUUUGAUACUGUAAGUGCUGUCUGCAGCUUGCCUCACUUGUCUCCACUAGAGCCACCCUUUCCUCAUGGCCUCGGAAGAUGCCUGUGCUGUGGGAUGAGGUAGUAGGUUGUAUAGUUUUAGGGUCAUACCCGCAACUGGGAGAUAACUAUACAAUCUACUGUCUUUCCUAAAGCAGCAGAAAAUCAACAGUGGAAGCUUUUCAGUUUUAAACUCAGUGUCAGAUUCUACUGAACGUCUGCGCUUGUAAUGCCUGUUAGAGGAAAUAUUUCUGUAACACCUGUGGGUAAUUGUGUUUAGAUUUUUCUCAUUCUUAGAGAAGCUAAGCUGUCAUCCACCUUAAUUCUGCUCCUCUAACGAGUGAAAAAUUAAGAACAGAUUGAUUCCUAUAUGUGUGCGUGGUGGUAAUGACAUACAAAUUACUGAUGUCCCAGUUGCGCUGUUUACCAUUGUGACUGAAGUAUCAAACAUCCUUUAGAAUGAAACCAUGAUUAGCUAAUUAAGCUAUUUGCUGAAGUGUGUGCUUCUCUGUCAGAGUGAGGUAGUAGGUUGUAUAGUUGUAGGGUAGUUAUUUUACCCUGUUCAGGAGAUAACUAUACAAUCUAUUGCCUUCCCUGCGGAGUAAAACAAACUGCGGUGCUUUGCAGUCAUUCGUGUCUGCAUUGAGUAAAACCAGAUCUGUCAGAUUUCGGGUUGUAAAGUAUGGGAUUAAUCAGUGACAGGAUUUGCAGGAUUAACAAUCAGUGUGAAUGGUGCAACCCCCAAACGAUACAUUUGACUAAUAUGACUUUUCUUUCAAGGUGAGUGGCACAGUGCUGACUGGGUGUCAAAAGUGCAGAUGUUACUGGACACAGUGGAAGACGCUGUAGAGUGGAAAUUAUUUUAAAACCAUUUGGGUUUAGAUGUAAAAAUACAGGUAGCUCAGACUUGUGCUUUAUGACCUAAACUGUUUUGGGACCCUAAUUUGUGUAAUGCAUUAAAAUUCCAUGCCUCCAACGGCUUAGUGAAAGUUGGAGGAAAAACAAUUAUACUUGAUUAAGAAAUCUGCUUAUUUUUCUCCAGCUUUUCUAGCAAGUGAGACUUACUUAAUACAAAAUUGAAGUGCUGAAUGGUCAAAACUGACCCUCCCUUUUUUUGGGGGGGAGUGUAAAGCUAUGAAAUUUGACUGUCCAGGAUCCAGAACUGUGAUUCUUCUCUGAGGUGAUUACUGUUUUUAUAAGCGGACAUUUUAAGCUCGUUGUGUUCUCUUUCCUCCUGACGUCCUAGGUGUACCCAGCCUAACCGCUUCUGCGCUAGAGUGACCAGCUAGCAUCUUGUAACAGAGCAAAGCAGGAACAUGCUUUUGGGGACUGAAAAGCUUAGCAUAGUAGGUCAGAGAGAAAACGGAGCUGUUGCUGAGUAUUUAAGCCCGGACUGUUAAGGCUGGGCGUGCAGCACGUGCCCAGGAGGCAGAAGACCAAAAGCUGAGCUCAAACUGCCUUGGCAGAGCAGCUGCUCGGGGAGAAGAACCGCAGAAAGAAGCGUUGGGCUCCUAGGAAGAGGUAGUAGGUUGCAUAGUUUUAGGGCAGGGAUUUUGCUCACAAGGAGGUAACUAUACAACCUGCUGCCUUUCUUAGGGCUUUAUUAUAACACCAGGACUGGUUUGGCUCCAUCCCAACCUCCGCAGCUUUGGUACGUGAAGAGAAAAGACAAGAUAUUUCUAAGCAUGUUGAGGCUUAACCGAUGUAUCGGCAGACUCGAUACCGGACUCGAGCGUAGCACUACUAGCUGGAGUUCAGAACGGCGAAAUGCUGCGUUUGAGGGCGUAUUUGCCAUUUUGGUGAUAUUGGUGAUAUCCUGGAAGCAGAAGGCAGCUCCCUCAAGAGUGAGAUCGAGUUCCCUGUGAUUAGGCUGGACAUGGUUUGCAAUUCUUUAACAUUCAGGUGGGUACUAACACUAUGUACUUAACCAGGUCACUGUGAUACAUGUUCCCUUGGCUUUGUGCAUUUCAAGUUUUCCAUCCCUGGAAGGAUCAGCUUACAGCUCCCCAAAAGCCGGUGGUUUCUCAGCACCCUGCAUAAAACAAGCUCCCGGUCAUGGGUUAUCUGUGGUCUUGCAGGAGAGAAGUUUUCACUGUGUUAAAAAUGAAUAAUUGCAUGGUUUGUCUGUCAUGGAACAGUAUUUUUGAAAGUAGUCGGUAAUUUUUAAUGUAAUUGCUCUCUGCUACAGCAAUAGUUGUGGUUGGGCUUCAGCUGGACACCCUGUGCUAUGGGACACACAGGAUUGAUUUGAACUGCUCAGCACUUGUGGCAUUAACAUGUUUACACCUACACCAGCCACUGUAGGAACUUCUGCCAGUAAGACAGAACUAUAGAUAUUAUAAAGAUGCAUAUAAUGGACAUCCUGUAUUAAUUUAAUUGUAGACAUUUGAUUUAGCUAAUAAAAUAUAGCGUUUUGUGCAA